CACCAGGAGCUUUCCAUUCGUACAUGUUGAGUGCAUCAUUUCAAAUUUUCCACUCAAGAUUAUUUGCCAAUGCUCACCAUGUCUUCCAUAUUAUCACCAAUCAUUUUUCACCCAAACAUUAAUUUGUCCCAUCAUGUAAUUUUAUAUCAUUAACCAAAAUAUUGUUCAUGCUUCAAAGACUCCAACAGAAUAGCUACAUCUCGAAGAACAAGCUGCCGCCGCUCCGGAGAGACUCACCGCCGCUGCCCCGGAAAAACUGAACACCGCAGCUCUGAAGAAGGUCAUCGCAUCUCCAGAGAAACAGAACCGCCGUCUUAUUGAACCGCCGGCGGCCGGCUUAUUGAACGGCCAGAACAGUCCGCGGCCGGAGAAGGUGCAGCUCCUACUGCCGCCGGCUUAUUGAACGGCCAGAACAGUCCGCGGCCGGAGAAGGUGCAGCUCCUACUGCCGCCGGCUUAUUGAACAGCCAGAACAGUCCGCGGCCGGAGAAGGUGCAACUCCUCCUUCAUACUGGAAGCGAUUGACGAGGUCAAGAGUUCGACGCAAAACCGUAGCCAUCACUGCCAACUGCGGCCACCUCCCUUCGUUUCUGGUUCGCCGCCGCUCCAGCCUGUCGCCGCCGUCUUCACCUCAGUUGCUCGUACCUUGUUGCGUGUGGAGCUUCCCCUCCGUUCGUUUUACGAGAGAAGCUGUCAAUAUCUUAUGGAUGUACUGGACUCCAUAGACUCAAGCGAACUUUCGGAACCGGUUAGUGGAACGGCUUUGGAAAAUGUACCUUGGAUAUAUGAUAAUUCUGACACUGAGGUAGCUAGUCCAGAAUCUCCAAUAGUUGACUCGGUGAGACUGAAAAGAUGUCGCCCUCGUGGGCUAUACGUUCCUUUAGAUGCGACUCACAUUGAAUCAUGCAAAUCACGACUUUCAUUGUCUGAGUUUGAAAGAUAUCGGGGACUUUUCCCGUCCGAUGUUACCGUGGUUAUCCCGAACCGAGAUGACAUAGUCACUGAGCCCCCUGAGGGUGAUUUUUUCGGGAUACAUACCCUCUCCGUGAGGCUAGGAUUCAGGCUCCCCGUGCAUCCUUUCAUCACUGAGUUCCUAUGUGAGCUUGAGAUUCCUCCGUGCCAGCUCACCCCAUUUGGUCACCAGUACCUGGUGGCAUUUUUGGCCCGAUGUAAGGAGAUCGAGAUUAAGCCGUCUCUAGAUCUUUUUAAGCACCUGUUUAGGGUUGGUCAAUGCUCCCGAGCUAAUAGUCUGUCAUGGGUAUCUAUUUCCCAACGUGCCCACCUUGACGCGUGGAAAGUUUCGCACAGUAAAAUCAAUAAUUGGAAGGAAGAAUUCAUCUUUGUGUCUACCGGACAUGCUCUCCCCUUCCCCACAGUUUUCAGCCCUCAUUAUAAGAAGUUUGCGCGUCUCACUCUUCCCGCCGAUCAAGAGUUUUGGCCGGAAAAGUUCUUAGCGGGCGGACCGUUUAGCAUUUCUACAUAUACUACCGAGGACCAUUUGAGCAGACUUGGUUUCCUCACCUCGGGCUUGUGCUCACCAUCGGACAUCCUCGCCCCCUUUCUUUAGGCCCAGGUAUGACGUCCCGUACGGAGAGGUUCAAGAAGAUGAAUGGCGAAGGGUCACAUGCGUCCGCUCAAGACCGGCCGAGCAAGAAACAAAAGGCCAUACUACCCGCCUCGCAAGGUGAAGGUGUCUCGUCCCCUUCUAUGCCCAUUACCAACGACCCAGUUACCAAAGAGACACGGCGCAUCACCCGGAGCACUAGUGGUGCUCGUGAUGUCAUGCUCAAGGAAGGACUGAAGAGUGUGGCUGAUGGACCGUUGCAGGAUGAUUGUCUCCAUGUCGCAGCAGAGCUUGUGUUGAAGAUCUCCGGGAAGAAUCGUCAGCAUGUUGUGCGCGAGCAAGAGCUAUUAACGUUGCUUUCUGAAGAGCGGGCUGCCCAUAAGAGAUUGAUGAGCGAAGUGAUUGAAGCUCACACGGUCAGGGAGGCACAGGAGAGGGAUGCUCACGCUGCCGAGUUAACCAAGGUCCGCGCUGAGCGGGAACACUACAUUGAUUCCCACCUAGAAGAGAUUGCUGAACGUUGGCUUAAAACUCCCGCCGGCGUCGAUAGACUUGACAAAGACGGUUUACUGUGCUACAAUUUGGGGGAAUAUACCAAACAACAGGAAAUUUAUGCUGUUUUGAAGGCCAAGCACGGCGCCUCAUGCAUUGUCGAUUGGGGGCUUCCUUUUGAGAUUCCUAACCCAGAGCCUGAAAAUGUUGACUCUUCUUCCAGAGUCGUUCCCUUGGGCGAGCUCCCUAGGGGUGAAGAUCCUGAUCACCCCAUAACUUCCAAAGAAGUAGCAAUGCUGGGGCUUUAGCUGCGUUUGAGCGAUCCCCUCUUCGACCAUCUAUGCCUUGGAGAGUGUUAGAGUUAGACUACCAUAACGUGGUCUGCAUGUUCUUUUUCUUUAAUACCUAAUUUGUUAGACCGUUUUUUUGAAUUUCAAGCAAACAAUUAUCUUGACAAUGUAAUAUUUCCUUUUAAUAUCGUUUUUUUUUUAAAUA